CUCACUUCCUGCGAGGAAUAAAAAUACUCUGCUAGCAGAGCAGCUGACGAGCUGCAGAAAGUUAUGGAAGUGGACAGAGGGGGGCUGUUUGCUCGGCUCACCCCCCAGGACUAGGAGAACUCUCCCCCAUGCUCACGGAGCCGGCGCUGGCGGACAGUCAACUGCGAGGAGCCGGGUCGUCGGAGCUGAAACUCCCGUGAAUGACGAGCUGACUCUAGCUAGUGAUGUCUCUAACGUUCCCAUCUGCCGAAAUGCUUGAAACGCCACCUGGAUAUCCGUUUGAGGAGAUCAACUAUGAGGACAUUGAAGUUGAGGAGGUGGUGGGCAGAGGGGCGUUUGGAGUGGUGUGCAAAGCCAAGUGGAAAGGCAAAGACGUCGCGAUCAAGACCAUUGAGAGUGAGUCGGAGAGGAAGGCCUUCAUCGUGGAGCUCCGGCAGCUCUCCAGAGUGAACCACCCCAACAUCGUGAAGCUGUACGGCUCCUGCAACAGUCCGGUCUGCCUGGUGAUGGAGUACGCUGAGGGCGGCUCGCUGUACAACGUGCUGCAUGGCGCUGAGCCGCUCCCCUACUACACUGCCUCCCACGCCAUGAGCUGGUGUUUACAGUGUUCGCAGGGCGUGGCCUACCUCCACGGCAUGAAGCCCAAGGCGCUCAUUCACAGGGACCUCAAGCCCCCCAACCUGCUGCUGGUGGCGGGAGGCACGGUCCUGAAGAUCUGCGACUUCGGAACCGCAUGCGACAUUCAGACCCACAUGACCAACAACAAAGGCAGCGCCGCCUGGAUGGCCCCGGAGGUCUUCGAAGGAAGCAAUUACAGCGAGAAGUGCGACGUCUUCAGCUGGGGGAUCAUCCUCUGGGAGGUGAUCACUCGCAGGAAGCCCUUCGACGAGAUCGGAGGACCGGCUUUCCGCAUCAUGUGGGCCGUGCACAACGGAACAAGACCUCCGUUAAUCAAGAACUUACCGAAGCCCAUCGAGAGUCUGAUGACUCGCUGCUGGUCCAAAGAUCCGUCCCAGCGGCCGUCCAUGGAGGAGAUCGUGAAGAUCAUGACUCAUCUGAUGAAGUACUUCCCGGGAUACGAUGAGCCUCUGCAGUAUCCAUACCAGUAUUUAGACGAGGGACAAAGCAACUCUGCCACCAGUACAGGUUCCUACGUGGACUACACAGCCACCAGCACCAGCAGCAGGAGCGACGCCAACAUGGAGCACAGCGACUCGCAGGGCAGCAACGACACCAUCAAGAUCACGCCUCAGUUCGCGCCUCAUUUCAAGCCAAAGGGAGACCCGCUGAGGACGCUGCCUCUGUCGCGGGGGGGCAGCGUGGAGAGCCUGCCGGGCCGGACGCAGUGCCUGGCCUCGUCCGACAGCAAGCGGAUGAGCGCCGACCUGUCCGAGCUGGAGCCCAAGACGCCGUUCGCCCCGACAGCGCCCCCGUAUAGACGAGGCCACCGUAAAACCGCGUCUUUCGGAACCAUUCUGGAUGUCCCCAAGAUCGUCGUGACAGCCUCCUGUGAGUCUCAGAGACGUCGCUCGGUUCAGGAUCUGCCGGGAAUCUGCAGCGAGUCCGGCCAGGGCAGCAGGAGUAGCAGCCGGUCCUCCAGCCCCAGCGUGAGGAUGAUGCCCCCCGACAAGCCGGGCGGCCGGGGGUACUUCUCCCCGGACGACCCCACAGACACCAACGGCUCGGACAACUCCAUCCCCAUGGCCUACCUGACCCUGGACCACCAGCUGCAGCCCCUCGCCCCCUGUCCCAACUCCAAAGAGUCCAUGGCCGUGUUCGAGCAGCACUGCAAGAUGGCCCAGGAGUACCUGAAGGUGCAGACCGAGAUCGCCCUGCUGAUCCAGAGGAAGAAGGAGCUGAUUGCAGAGCUGGACCAAGACGAGAAGGACCAGCAGAACACGUCCCGUCUGGUGCAGGAGCACAAGAAGCUGCUGGAGGAGAACAAGAGUCUGUCCACGUACUACCAGAAGUGCAAGAAGCAGCUGGAGCUCAUCCGGGUGCAGCAACAGAAGAGGCAGGGAACGUCGUGAUGGAGGCCCGGCCCCCGGCCCCCCCGGCCCCCCCCGCCGCCCGGCCCCCCCGGCCCCCGGCCCCGGCUCCAGCUUCAGAAAGAGACCCGCUCUCUACUGUGUCCCUGCAUGUUGCACUGUCCCCCCGGCGGGACGACGCCGCUCCUCUUGUACAUACAGUUUGCACAUCCUCAUGGCGUCUCCUGUGGCCACAGACCAAACAAUCACUGCUCCCCCCGCCCCGCCCGCCCCGCCCCGCCUGCCCCGCCCCUCAGGGCGGUCCCGGGGCAGAGUCCCUCCUCAGGUCGGUGGGGCCGCCCGGCGUAACGGCUGUCCUCCUCAGAAUGUGAAAGCCGAGCGGAUCCAGAAGCAUCUCGGAUGUGCGUCAGAUGCCUGUUAUGCAAAACCUUCGUCCCUCCUCGAAAUCGAGUAUUUAUGUGUAGCCCCGCCCCCGCAGGAGGAGCCGGCGGUCCGUGGAGACGCUCGGACAGCUUCCAGAGGACGGAGCCGUGGACUCCUUUCUACCUGACUCCAGUAUUGUUAGUUUCUCUGCGUGUCGAUGUCUUUUCUAUGGCUAGCUGACUUUGUACGAUAGCUCUGGGGGCGUGUUGGAUCUGACCCGGGACAGAACCAGGAGGCUGCUCCUCCAUAUUUACUCUGUCUAGUUUGUUUUUAGUUCACAUGUUGCCUUAGAAGUUGCCUGCAUUUUAAGUGCUUGUUUUAUGUGACAUUUAGUGGGGCGAGAAAAGACUUGUAAUGUUGUGGAGCUGAGCGGAGGGAGAGGAGAGGAUGUCACCAGCUGAAGUGUAGACGUCACCUGUACUCAUCCCGUCCUGUCGAUUUGCACAAUCACUUCCUUCCUUCUGAUCAUGAACACGGUUUGAUUCUGGUUUUAGAGGACUUGAGGAGUCCUGCUUUUUAAAGCCCCGCCCCCUCCCUGUCACGCUCCGCCCCCUCCCCGCCACGCCCCGCCCCCCCCCACACCAGGCUGGGAGGAAAUGUUUUCUAAGUUAUUGGGACAGGACGUCAAUACGGCAUUAUGAAAUAAACCCACUGGUGAAUGUG